AGGUUAUUUAAGUUAGUCCACUGAGGAAUCGCGUUAGUCACAUCAAGUGAAACUGUAAGAGCAACACGAUGUUUUCGCACCGAGGAUUAUUCUUAGCAGUGACUAUCUCAUUAGCAAGUAUCGUACUUGCUAAUGUCCUCGUUCAACCCGGGUAUGAACAUCAAUACGAUAGGAAUCCACGCUAUUUGCAACAUCAGUCUGUUUCGCAGCCCUGGAUAAAAUCUCCAACUGAGCAAUAUCGCGCAGACCAAUUACCGAACCAGGAAUCAACGCAAUAUCUUUCGGGAGUUCAGACGGUGUAUCCCUAUGAAUCGAACCAAGCCGAUGCUCGUUCGCAUGUGUUAAGCUAUCCAUAUCAUCCAUCGUACCACCAUUAUCUACCAAGGCCACACCAUGUGCAUUUCGCAAGAAUAGGAGGUCAUGGAUAUGUACGGCCCUCGGUGUAUGUCGGCCAUCCUCAAUCUUUGAUGGUACACAACCGAAGGAAAAGAUCGGAUUCUGCAAGCACUAAAUCGAGUAAAUCUGAGGUCGUUGCACAUGACAAGGAUGUGACCGCGAAGUCGCCCUUAACUGACGCCAAGCAUCCUACAACCAUCGACUCGUUACUUCCAGAACAUGAGCCUACUGAUACUACUGAGAAGCGGGUGGAAAACCGUCAGAUUAAUGACUAUGUAACAAAUCCACGUUCAUUCGGUUUUUACACGGAAAAUAUGCACCCUGGACGUACAUACAACAUGCCCUUCGCCAAGACAAUGCAAAGUAUGAUUCAAUGGUUUUAUACAAAUCAUUAUACGCAACCUUCAUACGUCGCCCAAGACGAGGAAAUCAUAAAUAUGAACACGAUCAACACGGCAGAGCCAAGCCAGCACAAGACAUUACAAAUUCCUUUUUACUCUGAAAUGACACCGAAAGCUUACCAAUAUACCGAUACGGCGGCAACACCUACUUCUGUACAAUCUCAACCACCUUUCGUUACCUAUGUGCAAAAUCCAUACAUUAUGAAACGACAACAGACCGUGCCCAAAUUAUAAUUUUAACUAUUUAUUAUAAUUAUCCGAGGUAUUGGAACAAUGAUUGGAGCAAUGAAGGGGGAAUAGAGGAUUACUUUAUCCAGUUCAGCAAGAUAAACGGCACUUUACCUCCUCCUAGGCUUGGAUAAGAACCACUGGAGAUAAACGGAAAACAAUGAUGCCUUGCGAUCCAUUUUACCCGCAUUGGGAGAACGCUCAUACUCGAAUAAGUGUCAAAGACGAAAGAUUCAACGACUACAAAUAUACACCGCCUUAAAAAACGUUUACUAAAGUUUUCGAGUAGUAAGUGUUAUACACAGAUAUGACUCUGUUAUCAAUUUCUGCCACGUUACCUUGAAGCAACGAGUUGAUUGAUCGUAAUGGUUUUCAUGUUCUAUUUAUUACACUUAAUUACUAUUAUACCAUGCACUCUCAGAAAGGAUUUCUAAUAACGAGACAAAAAAUAUUCUUAACAUGUUUAAUGUCAUCAUAACCUGAAGCAGUAUAAAAAUAAAACAAUAUUAAGAUUAAA